UUAAUAAAUCGCGAUACAAAGACUUCUGGGUUUUAAGAUCAAAAGACGGUGUACUACAAUGGUAGCUCACGGGUCUCCUGACAAAGCAAGCCUUUCAGGAUGCAUUGGCAGUGCUCUAACAGGCUCAUCCGCCCUCAGGGAGAGGCUCGUUGGUGCCUUGCUCCUGUACAAUACUAAAGCAGAUGUAAAGAGACGUCGGCUUUCACCCCUCUGCCAGGGUGCCCACCUCUGCUUGCCGACACCGGGGAGAGCAGCGGCGGGCCGAGCGGGCGCCGAGUGGGACGCUGUGUUCGCAAAGGGGAGCGGGAGCCGAGCCCGUGCAGCGGGGCUGGGUUGUGUUACUUGCUCAGCUUUCAAACGCGUUUAAGCUGAGAUCAGACACUGAAGCCACUGCGGUAUUUGCCCUAAUCAGGAGAGGAGCUUCUGAAGUACACGGUUUCAUGCCGGCUGUGUGGAUUUAUCCAAAGGGAUACUUUUAAUUUAGAAGAUAAAUAGAAUGUUUCCCUCUUCCAGGGUCACCACGGCUCCACUCAGCGGAGUUUCUCGGAUCUCUUUCCCUUAUUUCUCCUCAUUCUAACGGGUAACUCACGUUAGAAUGCGGCACCCACGUCCCCUCACGUCCCAGUAAGGAACUGGGCGCGCGGACGGUCAAUUUCUGAAGGAAAAAGAGCUUUUUGGACCGACAAGAAACACAACCGGAGCGGCGGCGGUCGGCGGGGCCAGCCAAUCAGCACGCGCGGCGCUGCUAUAAAGGGGGCGGCGGCGGCGGCCGCGCCAUUGUUCGUGGAUCUCCGCAGGAGGCGCCAUGGCCGAGACCGCUCCUGUUGCUGCGCCCGAUGUCGCCGCCGCUCCGACCCCGGCCAAGGCGGCCCCCGCUAAGAAGCCGAAGAAGGCGGCGGGCGGCGCCAAAGCCCGCAAGCCCGCGGGCCCCAGCGUCACCGAGCUGAUCACCAAGGCCGUGUCCGCCUCCAAGGAGCGCAAGGGGCUCUCCCUCGCCGCUCUCAAGAAGGCGCUGGCCGCCGGAGGCUACGACGUGGAAAAAAGUAACAGCCGCAUCAAGCUGGGGCUCAAGAGCCUCGUCAGCAAGGGCACCCUGGUGCAGACCAAGGGCACCGGCGCCUCUGGCUCGUUCCGCCUCAGCAAGAAGCCGGGAGAGGCGAAGGAGAAGGCUCCUAGGAAGAGAACGCCCGCAGCCAAGCCCAAGAAACCGGCGGCGAAGAAGCCUGCCAGCGCAGCCAAAAAGCCCAAGAAGGCGGCGGCGGCAGCGAAGAAGAGCCCCAAGAAAGCCAUGAAGCCAGCGGCCGCUGCCACCAAGAAGGCAGCAAAGAGCCCCAAGAAAGCGACAAAGGCUGCCAAGCCCAAAAAGGCGGUGGCAGUCAAGAGCCCAGCCAAAACGAAGGCGGUGAAGCCCAAAGCUGCCAAGCCCAAGACAGCCAAACCGAAGGCAGCCAAAGCAAAGAAGGCGGCCCCCAAUAAAAAAUAAAUAUCCUGAAAAAAAUCCCUCUCCUCUGCUUGGCAGAUAAAACCCAACGGCUCUUUUAAGAGCCACCCACAGUUUCUCAAAAAGAGCUGAAAUGCUGUUUCUUACGGUUCUUUGUGUGUGCGGUUGGAGGCUCGCUUUUUCAGCCCGUCAGACCGCGGUGCAGAUCUCCCUCCCUCCGUUUCCCCCGUGUCCCGGGCAGCUGUCCACGCAGCAGCUCACUGCACCACGUCCGAGCCGGCGCGCUGUGAGGAGCCUCACGGCGGCUGUACGGAACCGGAGCGAAUCCGGAGGCUUUGUCAGAGUCCCAGCAGCGCUCGCCGCUCCGGCGCUGCGCCGUGGUUGGCGCGCUCUUUGCUCUAUGCUCUCCCCAUCGCGGCGGAUUUCGAAAAGCCCGCGCUGCGCGAGCAUUGGCUGCGGCUGGCGAGCUUCUGGGGUGCGCGGGGUUUCCGAGUUGCACAGGCGCUCCGUCUCUGUUCUAUCGGGCGGGAAUUCAAGUUUUUCUCUCGGCGGAAGAGGUGUAUGAACUUAACUGAUGCGUGAUUGCCUCCUCUGCGUAGGCUUAUUUUACUCCCUGUGCGAUUAAGACCCCAAGAGUCUCGUUUCUCCCCUGGAAAUCGUAGCGCGGGAGUUGCUCCUGGAACUCUCCGCAUCGCUUCGGUGCUUAAGCUUUUGCCCUUAGAGCCGCAGGGCUCGGUUCUCGUACGGCCCCCAGCGGAGGCCAGGAGGAGCUCGUGGGGCUCGGAGCACCCCUGCCUGCACCCAGCCUCACCCCUAUGCGGGCGACUCGACCGUGUUUAGAGUGUUCCAUGCUCUCAGCUGUGCCUGGGGGCUUGAUCGGAGAGAAGGAAAAGAACGGGACGGCUGCUUUUCUUCUAUAUGUAGUAUCGUAACUACUGUUUCCUCAGCGGUGAGGAAGCAAUUUCGCAGAUCUGCUUAGCUUUCAAUAAAACGGGUUAGUCUUAGCUCGUUAGCCCACAUAUCCGAAGUGACUGACCAACACUGGGGGGGCUGCAGUUUGGAGGAGAAAUUGUUAGACUGGAUUUGCAGAUAUUCGUUUGUGUUUUGUUUGUUUGUUUG